UCUGAUUUGGUUUGUUGCACCUCCCCUAGGGUUGUGAUACUCCGAGCUGCCGUAAUAGUGUUAUUUCUCGCCUUUUCCUGAUCGUAGAGGGGGAUCGCAGGUAUUUUGUUCGAUUUAGGUAUGAACAUGCACUUUGUCAGUCUUAGAUAAUUAGCGUGAGCAUUGUUCAUCUUUUCAAUACUCACUUUUCCCCCCAGUUAGCUGGUUAGCUGCCCCCAGGUCGGCUAGGCAGCUAGCUAGCAACAUCAUCAAGUAUAUGAAGAAAGCCUUUUGAACGCUAUCACGGAGUCCCAUCAAGGUCUAGUUGACAUAAACACAGCUGAGAAGAGACGCCAGCAAGCCAUUUGUGGCACAUCCUUUUCCAAAUUGAUCUCUACACCAUCUACUGUAGGACCGCUGUUGCGGAAAAUCAGCAUUAAAUGGGUAACAGUGCGCUGAAGGCACACCUGGAAACGUCCCAGAAAACUGGCGUCUUUCAGCUGACUGGCAAAGGUCUUCCAGAGUUUCCAGAGGAGCUUCAGAGACUAACUGGGAAUCUGCGCACUGUUGACCUCUCCAAUAACAAGAUUGAGGCCUUGCCGCCAUUCAUUGGGAGCUUUCUGCAUCUUAAGAGCCUCACCAUUAAUGCCAACAGGCUAACAACUUUGCCCAAUGAGAUUGGUAAGCUGAAAAAGCUUGAGACGCUGUCUCUGAGCGGCAACCAGAUCCAGGCACUGCCGGCCUGCGUCAACCAGCUCAAGGCCCUGCGCACCCUCAUCUUGUCGGGCAACCAGCUGCGGGAGCUGCCCAGCGGACUGGGUGCCCUGCGCCACCUGGACAUGCUGGACCUGUCCAAGAACCGUAUCCAGGCCCUGCCCGCCGAGGUGGCCGAGCUGCAGGUCAUCGAAAUCAACCUCAACCAGAACCAGAUCUCGUCUGUGUCUCCGGAGGUUUCGCGGUGCCCGCGUCUGAAGGUGCUGCGUCUGGAGGAGAACUGUCUGGAGCUGACCUCCAUCCCUGUCUCCAUCCUCACUGAGUCCCCGAUCUCGUUGCUCUCUGUGGAGGGCAACCUCUUUGAGGUCAAGAAUAUGCGUGACCUCGAGGGCUAUGACAAGUACAUGGAGCGUUUCACCGCAACCAAGAAGAAGUUUGCCUGAGCGGGGCAGAAGGUGGGAUUGGAUGCGCUGGGUGGGCUGCUGGCUCUGUCUGGGACUGCUCUGGGGAUAGAUGGACACGCUGCUCACUAACAGAGCUCUCUGGGCUGGUGUGCUGUGAUGUGGUCUCGUCUGGUCUGGUGUGGUGGUGUUUCCAUUAAUAGGCCACAACAGCAGGGUCAUCGUGCCACGGAUGUGGAGAGAAGACUGGACUGCAGUGGCGAACAGCAGAGCUGAGCACAAAGACUGCUUCACUGCAAAGCUGGACUUUUCAAUCACUACUACACUUAUGCAUUGCAGAGAGAGGGUCUCUCCAUACAAACAGAAACUCUCUUAACACUUGGCGUAGAGAAAAGCGAGCAUUACUUCCAAAAGCUAUUUGAUAGUUGACAGUAAUUACUCUCACACAAGUGGCAUUCAUUUACAAUACUGUAUACAUUUACUGUAUGUCUGUACGGUCAGAAACACAAUAACUACUCACCACUAGUCUUGGUAUGUAUAGAAAAAUGCUGUAUGUGUAUAGCCAUAUCUGCUUAUAAAGGUCCUCAUACGCUUUGUGGACUCUUCUGCUAUGGUCAUGUAUGCAAAUAUCUUCUCAGACCACUAACACACCACUACUAAGCCAUGCUCCAAUUUCCCAGACAAUGCCCAGUGCCCACUAACACCGAGACGUUUUUUAUGCAAAUUAUUCAUGAUGACAAGAUAGAUUAUAUUUUUUGAAAUGUCUUCUUCAGUGAUGUCAUGUCAAGAGUAUUUAUUUUUUCCUCUCAAGCUGUUGCUGGAUUCCUGUUCGAAAGAGUAGGAAUUUGAUGGAGGUGCGCUUCUAAGGGUGGCUAUUCUGUACAUAAGAUUUAAAAGGUGAAACGAGCUAGAUGAUCUAGGGGCAAUACCUGAAAGCAAAUUUGGUGAGAUAAAGAGAUAAAGCUCCUAAAAGAUGUGAUACUUUCAUGUCACACAACUAAAAUGAGUGAAAUGAUCUGGAUGCGUCACUGACCUACCUGCUUGGCAUAACCCUCCAGGUUCGCUUUGACUGACCCUUUUUAAUUCACUGUUAUCUGCAUUAAUAUAGACACCAGUGUUGAGCUUGGUGAACGUGCUGUAAUGUACGCUGGUAAAUUCAACUCCCAAUAAUUUAUUAUGAGCCUUUUUUAUGUGUCAGUGUUCAUGACUGUGUAUACGAAAGAUGUUGCAUAGUGUCAUCUUGCUUGUUGCACCUUCUGAGAAAGAAUGAAGUACAUGAGCAGUUCCGUUGCAGGUCUGGUCUGACUUGAAUUUACGUAUCCGUUGUUUUGUUUUUUUUCCAACCAUGUACCAUGUUUCUAACCAAGGAGUUAUAUACUAAAUUGAGAGGGGUAUUCAUCACCUUUUAUAAUAUUAAUAUAUGACAGGUUUUGUGCAUCUGUGAGCUCAACACUGAUGUGGUUUUAAUGAAUGACUUAUGACAUAUGCAUCUUAAAACAAUGAUUGUAUUAAUUAGAUGUUUACAUGUUGCAUCCAUGGAAAGUUAUGUUUCACACACAAUUAUAUAUUUAAACACAAUAAACACAAUUCUGCUUUA